CCCCCUUCCACCCGGGGGGGCGGGGCACUUCCGCGUCACGUGGGACGUCCCUCUCGAGCCCUCUUCACGCGACCCCCGCGCGCGUCACUUCCUUUCCCGCUCCAGCCGCCAUCAUGGCAACGCAGAUGUCCAAGAAGAAGAAGUUUGUGGCCGAUGGAGUCUUCAAGGCCGAGAUGAACGAGUUCCUGACUCGGGAACUCGCCGAAGAUGGCUACAGCGGCGUGGAGGUGCGCGUCACGCCGACCCGCACGGAGAUCAUCAUCCUCGCCACCAGGACCCAGAACGUGCUGGGAGAGAAGGGACGUCGCAUCCGCGAGCUCACGUCCGUCAUCCAGAAGCGAUUCAACUUCCCUGAGGGCAGCGUUGAGGUCGUGUGGUCACGGCGCGCGGGGUCGCCCUGCCCCGUGCUCUGA